UCUUGAUUACACUAAAAUAGAUAAUGACGAGGCCCUUGACGAUAUUUUGCUGAUGACUGAACAAACUGAACUAUGGCAUCAUACUGGGUAAUGGGGAUUCAGAUUCGCCUUUGUCCAUAUUGAAAUCUACAUUGUACAGCAAAAUUAUUGUACUGUAUAAAAUGGGGUGGAUGUGGAUGUCCUUGGGAACAAAUAUCUCAUUGUGGAACCAAAAACAUGGUACGACAACAACACGGACGCAAAAAAAAAAAAAAACAAGAGGGUCCCACCGAAACAAUGUUGGAGCAAGUACGCAGGAGACACGUAGACGCAGAGAGAGGGAGUUACUAAAAAUGAGAUUUCGUUUGGAGGGAGUUGCAUCAACGACAAACACUGGUGGGAGGGAGAAAGGAAGGAAUGAAUGAAGGAAAGUCUUAUAUUUAAUAAUUGCUAAUUAGUAAUUAAUUAAUUAAUUAAUGAAACAAACAAACUAAUCUGUCAUUUCUGUUGUCGGAGAAGAAUGAAUCCUGAGAACAAGACACUCACAAGAACAAGAAGAAGCAUUUAGAAUCGAAAUUGGAAGAGAAGCAUAAGGAGGGUAUGAAUGAUUACAAAGGAAGAGAAGGAGAAAGUAGUGUUGUUGUUCGGAAGCGAUUCAAGGAGAAGCAGCAACAACAACAACAACAACCCUUUCCUUCCACAAGGGCCAUCAUCAACCAACAACACCGUCGCUGUGCCUCCCUCCCCAACAACACUCAAUACGAGGAAUCUGAAACAGAUGUCGAAGUGUCUGAUGUUAGCGUUUCAGAAGGGGAUGACACAUCUUGGAUUUCAUGGUUUUGCAAUUUGAGAGGAAAUGAAUUCUUUUGCGAAGUGGAUGAUGAUUUCGUGCAAGAUGAUUUCAACCUUUGUGGAUUAAGUAGUCAAGUGCCUUACUAUGAUUAUGCACUUGAUUUGAUUUUGGAUGUUGAGUCCUCCCACGGAGACACGUUCACAGAGGACCAAAAUGAGUUAAUUGAAUCUGCAGCAGAAAUGCUUUAUGGUCUGAUUCAUGCCCGGUACAUUUUGACAAGCAAAGGAAUGGCUGCAAUGCUUCACAAGUACAAAAACUAUGACUUUGGCCGAUGUCCAAGAGUUUUCUGCUCUGGACAACCCUGCCUUCCAGUUGGCCAGUCAGAUGUUCCUAGGUCAAGUACUGUAAAGAUAUAUUGCCCCAGGUGUGAAGACAUUUACUACCCAAAGUCCAAGUAUCAAGGUAACAUUGAUGGAGCUUAUUUUGGAGCUACAUUUCCUCACCUUUUUCUGAUGACUUAUGGGAAUCUGAAGCCACAGAAGCAAUCACAGAACUAUGUACCUAGAGUUUUUGGUUUCAAAGUUCACAAGUCCUGAAGCUGGAUGGAGUUUCAAGCUUUCAUCAAAGUAGGAAUCUGAGCAUGCCUUGCUUAGUUGUAUUUCUUUAAAAUUCAGUGAAUUUUCAGUUUCUGAAAUCAGUACAUUCUAGAUCCAUAUGUUCUGUAAACGUAAAGAUAUAUGCAGGCACCAACAUCAAGGCCACAAGAGAUUAAUUUUGUUCUCUGCUUCAAAUUCAGUGUGCCUUUGUAAAGUUUUUCUGAUAGAUUUUAAUGAUAAGUAUUGAAUGCACUUUUCAAUAAUAUACUAUUAAAUUAAA